AGAUUGCAGCUGUCAGAGAGAAUCGAGUCUUCACAUCGGCAACAACAUGGGCAACGUCAUGGAUCGCAAGGUGUCCUGCUCAGAGGCACGUGCCACAAAUGCGCCGCCCUCCCCCUUCGUUACCCCCAAGGAGCAGGAGACAAUUAAGCACGAGGUGGUGGAGCCGCAGGAGAUUGUGCCAAAUUUGACAUUUCACUUGUUCAGCUAUCGCCAGCAAAUGAGUUGCAAAAAGCACCAGCUGAUGAAGUACACCACAUCGAAGCUCCUGCUAACCGAGGAGCUGCUAAAGCUACAGGAGCAGCGACUAGGGGUGUCCACCGAAUCGUGGACCAAUUACGAAUCCUUCCUAUCGGACGAGGAUGACGAAGAGAACCGGGCUCCAGCCGGCGAUGAUCCGCUGGCCCAGGAAUUGAGCCACCUGAAGAACUAUCGCAUGGAACUCAGAAGCACCAUUCUGGAGUUCGCCCAGGAGAAGAUGAAGAAGCGGGAGAAGAAGAAGCUGAAGCGUCUGAAACGUCGCACCCUGAUCUCCUCCAAGAAGCCGAGCAACAAGAACAAGCUCAAGUACUGGCAUCCCCAGUCGGAUGCGGAGCUGGAGGAGCAAGCUGAUCAGGAUGCCCAGGAUCACCCAGAGGUCAUUGUCAUAGAUUUGCCCAAUUCGCCUAGUUCCUAA